CUCACAUCUUUCUCAGAAAACCGAAACUCACAAACACCAAACAGGAGUUGGUCGCUGUUUUUCCGUCACUUUCCCGAGAAAAAAUGUCAGCGGGGCUGGGAAAAUGCAACAAAAUCCGCCACAUUGUGAGGCUCCGCCAGAUGUUGCGGCGGUGGCGCAACAAAGCCCGCUUGUCGUCGGCCAACCGCAUCCCGUCCGACGUGCCCGCCGGCCACGUGGCGGUCUGCGUGGGCACCAGCUGCAGGCGCUUCGUGGUGCGCGCUACGUACCUGAACCACCCCGUCUUCAAGAAUCUCCUGGUCCAGGCCGAGGAAGAGUACGGAUUCGCCAACCAAGGCCCACUCGCAAUUCCAUGCGACGAGUCGCUCUUCGAGGAGGUCCUCCGGUUCAUCUCGCGGUCCGAUUCAGGUAACUCUGCCCGGUUCGCCAACCUCGAGGACUUUCAGAGGUACUGCCACGCGGGCGUCCGGAACAACCUCGACUUCUGGCCCGAGUCUCGGCCGUUGCUUCAUGCGUUCGCCGAGAAAACCAUCUGGUAAACGAAGAAAUCGGUUUCCGGUUCUCCACCCGGGUUUGACUGGACCGAGUUAUCCGAGUUGGGGUUUGCAAAUGGGUUUUCACAGUACAGGUGGUUUUACCCUUUUACCCUUUCUUUUUAUUUUCUUUUUUUGGGGUGGGGGGUGGGGGAAUAUAUUAUUAUUGGGUACUGGGGUUGUGAGUAAUUACUGUAAUGCUCCGGAGAAUGCUAAGGAGACGGCAAAUGCACCGAGUCGUCCCGGGUUCGGAUCGGAGUGGAGGCGAGAAAAAGAAAAGAAAAGAAAAAAAAUGUGAGAGGCACUUGAAUUUCGUGCAAGCAAAGAAAAACAAGUGAUGAUUAGGGAUUAUGGGCCACUUUUGUAAAUUCUAUGAUUUAUUAUUGAUUAAUUAAUGGAAAAUUGUAGAGAAAUUCCACCAUGAUUGUCCAUUAUCUCAAUAAUACUUUCUUGACAGCAAAUGUCAAUGUUUUUA